GCUGAAGCUGCUGAACAGAAACAAACUUCUUGUCUCCCAAGAAGCAGAGAAAGGACGGAAUCAGAUGGCGUCACGCGACAAGAAACCGGCGAAGCCAUCCAGCAGCCGACCCGGCGGCAUACGCACGCUAUCAGAUCUGAACAGGAGGUCUGCUCCCGACUCCGACAGCGACUCCGAUGGUCCCCAAGAGUAUUACACCGGUGGAGAGAAAAGUGGCAUGCUUGUUCAAGAUCCUUCAAAGAAUAAUGAUGUAGAUGCAAUUUUCAAUCAAGCUAGGCAAGUAGGAGCUGUUGAAGGUCCUUUUGAAAAUCUUCCUCCAUCUUCAAGUUCAAGAAGCUUUACUGGCACUGGGAGAUUGCUCUCUGGUGACACUGUACCAUCUGAACCUCAGCAGCCUGAGGCUGUCAUUCACAACAUAGUUUUCUGGACAAAUGGUUUCACUGUUGAUGAUGGACCUCUGAGGAGGUUGGAUGACCCUGAAAAUGCUUCCUUCUUAGAGAGCAUCAGGAACUCAGAGUGUCCGAAAGAGCUUGAGCCUGCAGAUAGAAGGUCUCCUGUCCAUGUCAAUCUGAUAAGAAGGGAAGAGAAAUGCCCUGAACCAGAAAAGAGUCGCCAUGUUCCAUUUCAGGGCGUAGGAAGAACUCUUGGGAGCAGCAGCAAUUCAACAGUUGCCGAGCCCUCUCCUGCCUCCUCACCUAACACUGCUCCAACCCCUUCUCCAGGUCUCUUUGUUGAUCAAAAUUUACCAUCAACUUCGAUUCAGGUGAGGUUAGCAGAUGGGACUCGCAUGGUUGCCCACUUCAAUUUCCACCAUACAAUCAAUGACAUCCGUUCCUUCGUCAAUGCUGCUACGCCUGGGGGUGCAACAAAUUAUCAAUUGCAGCUGAUGGGAUUCCCACCUAAACUCCUAACCGAUCCCUCUCAAACCAUAGAGCAGGCAGGCCUUGCCAAUUCCGUUGUUAUCCAGAAAUUCUAGCGUACUAGUUGCAAUUAAAAGUUCUCUAAACCUUUCAGCAACUUAUUGUAGCUAGUGAAAAUAUUUCAAUCAACUUAGUAAGCAUGAUUGUCAAUGUCCUACUCCUAUAUACGGUGAAGAAGGUUUUGCUGGCUGAUUGUGGUUAAAUGGAAUUCAUUUUCUGUGA